AUGACAAAAUUUCAAAUUCAACAAAUGACCUAUAUUCACAUUAAACAAUUGCCAAAAACUCAAGUUCAACGAACUCAGUUUAAAAAAGUGCCACAAAAUGAAGUUCAAAAACACCACAAACUCAAAUUCAAAAAACACACAAACUCAAGUUCAAAAACACCACAAACUCAAUUUCAAACACGAUACAAACUCAAGUUCAACAAACACCACAAACUCAAGUUCAACAAAUGUCACAGUUUCAAGUUCAACCAACACCCGAUUCUGAGGUUUAACAAUUUCCACAACCUCAAGUUCAAAAAACACCACAAACUCAAGUUCAAACACGCCACAAACUCAAGUUCAACAAACGCCACAAACUCAACUUCAAAAACACCACACAAACUGAAGUUCUAA